GCUGGUCAGAAUGGCGCAGUGGAACCAGCUGCAGCAGCUCGACACACGGUACCUGGAGCAGCUCCACCAACUCUACAGUGACAGCUUCCCCAUGGAGCUCCGGCAGUUCCUGGCCCCAUGGAUUGAGAGCCAGGACUGGGCGUACGCGGCCAGCAAGGAGUCUCAUGCCACGCUGGUGUUCCACAACCUGCUGGGGGAGAUCGACCAGCAGUACAGCCGCUUCCUGCAGGAGUCCAACGUCCUCUACCAGCACAACCUGCGCCGCAUCAAGCAGUUCCUGCAGAGCAGGUACUUGGAGAAGCCGAUGGAAAUAGCCCGCAUCGUGGCUCGCUGUCUGUGGGAAGAGUCGCGGCUCCUCCAGACGGCUGCCACCGCCGCCCAGCAAGGAGGACAGGCAACACAUCCGACAGCAGCUGUAGUGACAGAAAAGCAGCAGAUGCUGGAGCAGCAUCUUCAGGAUGUGAGGAAGAGGGUGCAGGAUCUGGAGCAGAAGAUGAAAGUGGUGGAGAAUCUCCAGGAUGACUUUGAUUUUAACUACAAGACUUUGAAAAGCCAAGGAGACAUGCAGGAUCUGAAUGGAAACAACCAGUCAGUGACCCGGCAGAAAAUGCAGCAGCUGGAGCAGAUGCUCACGGCGCUGGACCAGAUGCGAAGGGGUAUUGUGAGCGAGCUGGCUGGGCUGCUCUCAGCCAUGGAGUAUGUGCAGAAGAUGCUGGCAGAUGAGGAACUGGCAGACUGGAAGAGACGGCAGCAGAUCGCCUGCAUUGGUGGCCCCCCCAAUAUCUGUUUGGACCGGCUGGAGAACUGGAUAACCUCUCUUGCCGAAUCACAGCUACAGACCCGGCAGCAGAUCAAAAAGCUGGAAGAGCUGCAGCAGAAGGUGUCCUACAAGGGUGACCCAAUUGUCCAGCACCGGCCCAUGCUGGAGGAGCGGAUUGUGGAGCUGUUCAGGAACCUGAUGAAAAGCGCGUUCGUGGUGGAGCGGCAGCCCUGCAUGCCCAUGCACCCCGACCGGCCCCUGGUCAUCAAAACUGGUGUGCAGUUCACCACCAAAGUCAGGUUGUUGGUCAAGUUUCCAGAGCUGAACUAUCAGCUGAAAAUUAAAGUCUGCAUUGACAAGGAUUCUGGGGAUGUUGCAGCACUGCGGGGGUCCCGGAAGUUUAACAUCCUGGGGACAAACACCAAGGUCAUGAACAUGGAGGAGUCCAAUAACGGCAGCCUCUCAGCAGAGUUCAAGCACCUGACCCUGCGGGAGCAACGCUGCGGGAACGGCGGCAGAGCCAACUGCGACGCCUCACUGAUAGUCACUGAGGAGCUGCACCUCAUCACCUUCGAGACAGAGGUGUAUCACCAGGGGCUGAAGAUCGACCUGGAGACCCACUCACUGCCUGUGGUGGUGAUCUCCAACAUCUGCCAGAUGCCCAAUGCCUGGGCGUCCAUCCUGUGGUACAACAUGCUGACCAACAACCCCAAGAAUGUCAACUUCUUCACCAAGCCCCCCAUCGGGACCUGGGACCAGGUGGCAGAGGUGCUGAGCUGGCAAUUCUCCUCCACCACAAAACGCGGCCUUAGCAUUGAGCAGCUGACAACACUGGCAGAAAAACUUCUAGGGCCAGGUGUGAAUUACUCUGGCUGUCAGAUCACCUGGGCCAAGUUCUGCAAGGAGAACAUGGCUGGCAAAGGCUUCUCUUUCUGGGUCUGGCUGGACAACAUAAUUGACCUGGUGAAAAAGUACAUCCUGGCACUGUGGAAUGAAGGAUACAUCAUGGGGUUCAUCAGCAAGGAGCGGGAGCGAGCCAUCCUGAGCACCAAGCCCCCGGGAACCUUCCUGCUGCGCUUCAGCGAGAGCAGCAAGGAGGGCGGCAUCACCUUCACCUGGGUGGAGAAGGACAUCAGUGGCAAGACCCAGAUCCAGUCCGUGGAGCCUUACACCAAGCAGCAGCUGAACAACAUGUCGUUUGCGGAGAUCAUCAUGGGCUACAAAAUCAUGGAUGCCACCAACAUCCUGGUGUCCCCCCUGGUGUACCUGUACCCAGACAUCCCCAAGGAGGAGGCAUUUGGGAAGUACUGCCGCUCUGAGAGCCAGGAGCACCCAGAACCCACUGCUUCUGACUCAGGUAGUGCUGCUCCGUAUCUGAAGACCAAGUUCAUCUGUGUCACACCCACGUCCUUCAGCAACACCAUUGACCUGCCCAUGUCCCCGCGCACCCUGGACUCACUGAUGCAGUUUGGCAAUGGCAGUGAGGGUGCAGAGGCCAAUGCAGGAGGGCAGUUCGAGUCGCUGACCUUCGACAUGGAGCUGACCCCUGAGUGUGCCUCGUCACCCAUGUGA